AGUUCAACAUUUUCAAACUCAAGAAUUCACUGUAAACCUUCUUCUUCUUUGAAAAUGGCGAUUCCAGUUAUUGACUUCUCAAAGCUGGAUGGCGAAGAGAGAGCUAUGGCAUUGGCUCAGAUAGCAAAUGGAUGUGAAGAAUGGGGAUUCUUUCAGUUGGUGAAUCAUGGGAUCUCGGUGGAGCUUCUGGAGAGGGUGAAAAGGGUGACCUCCGAGUGCUACAAGUUAGAGAGGGAAGAUAAGUUUUUCAAGAAGUCAGCACCAGUAAAGCUGUUAAAGGAGUUGGUAGAAAAGAAAAGCGGAGACAAGCUCGAGAACAUCGACUGGGAAGAUGUAUUCCUCCUCUCCGAUGAUAACGAAUGGCCACCAAAGACCCCAGGAUUCAAGGAAAUCAUGACCGAAUACCGAGCAGAACUGAAGAAACUGGCAGAGAAGCUAAUGGAAGCCAUGGAUGAAAACUUGGGCAUACCAAAAGGGUACAUUCAGAAGACUUUUAAUGGUGGAGAUGGAGAAAAGGCCUUCUUUGGGACGAAGGUCAGCCAUUACCCACCUUGCCCUCAUCCGGAGAUGGUGAAUGGUCUGCGGGCACACACUGAUGCUGGAGGUGUCAUACUUCUAUUCCAAGAUGAUGAGGUUGAUGGGCUGCAAAUUCUUAAAAACGGUGAAUGGAUCGACGUUCAACCAAUACCGAACUCUAUUGUGAUUAAUACGGGUGAUCAAAUAGAAGUAUUGAGCAACGGAAGAUACAAGAGUGUUUGGCACCGCGUUAACGUGAUACCGAACGGUACUAGGAGAUCAAUAGCUUCAUUCUAUAAUCCUUCCUAUGAUGCAACCAUAGAACCUGCAACCCAACUCAUCAAGAAAGAAAACAAAGAGGUUAAAUACCCCAAGUUUGUGUUUGGUGACUAUAUGUCUGUCUAUACUAAACAAAAGUUUCUUCCAAAAGAACCGAGGUUCAAAGCUGUGAGAACUGUGUGAAUGGCAACUUCAAAGAACUAACCAACGUCACACUAUCUUUUCUUCUCUUCUCCAAGUUAACUUGAAGGAUAGUGCACAAAGUUUUAUUGGCCAUUUUAUUGUACUUAAUUUCUGCGUAAUUAGAAAUCUUUCUGGAUGUAAAACGUACCGAGUGACGUACGUAACUUGUAAG